UAUAGCAACCCUGCAGUAAUGUCUUGUGUUAUAAUGUGUUAUUGUGUUCUGUUAUAAUGUUCAAGAUUUAGGAAGAUUUCUGACUGUCCGUGAAUGUGUACGGUACAAGCAGGUAUGUGGUUAGAUGAGAAAGCGAGGGGGUGGGGAUUGAGACCGGUGUGUGCAAGAGGGUGAGGGAGCGGAGAAAGAUAAGAAACGAUAGUACUUUAUUGAUCCCCGUUGGGGAAAUUCAAUAGUUACAGCAGCACAACAGUGACCAGAAAGAAAUUAAAGAAUUAUAUAAAUUAAAUAGGACAACAACAUUAAAAAGUACAGCACACAAAGUGACAGCAGUUGUGGAUAAAGUGACAGUUUAAGUAUGCUACAUGUGGGCUCAGUGAGGUGAGAGCUGUGUGCCGUUCACACUGCUGUUGUACAGUCUGAUGGCAGCAGGCACAAAGGAGCGUCUGAAGCGUUCAGUUCUGCAAUGGGGUGGGAUGAUCCGCUGGCUAAAUGAGCUGCCCAUCAGCCACAGCUCACCGUGCAGAGGGUGACAGGGAUUGUCCAAUAUUGCACAGAUUUUGUCCUUCACGCUCCUCUCAGCCACUGUUUCUAAGCAGUCUAAGUUCAAUUGCACCACCGAGCGGGCUUUCCUCACCAGUUUAUUGAGUCUGUUGACCUCACCAGUCUUGGCCCUGCCCCACCAGAACACCACAGCAAAGAAGAGCGCGCUGGCAACCAUAGACUGGUAGAAGGUCUUGAGGAGUCUACUACAGACGCCAAAUGACCUCAGUCUCCUCAGGAAGAACAUCCUGCUUUGUCCUUUCCUGUAGAGCAGGGGUCUCAAAUAGGUUUAAUCCAGCCUGCGAGAUGAUUUUCCAAAGUAUAAAAAUGAGCUGUAAUUUUUCCAUGAAACAAAUUGCAGUUCUAAAUGUGUCCAUUGGAUUUCGCAAUAGCAAUUUUGUUAAGCAAGCAAACUGUUUAUAUGCGGCUGAGCAAGUAUGCUAAGCUAGUACAGCUAAUAUGGGGCUACCUUGUAUUGUGCUUGCCAUUUUACGUCUUCUCCUUAGGACACCCUUAAUGCCCCAAGAUGUCUCUGUCAAAAAAGAGAAAAGUGGAUGCAGAGUGCAGAGUGUUCCAGGAAAUAUGGUCAUCCUCCUAUUUAUUCACGGAAGUGAAUAAAUAAGCUGUGUGUUUGGUAUGUUCACAGCAUGUUUUAGUGCUGAAAGAAUAUAACCUUUGUUGCCACUAUGAGACUCUUCAUGCCAACAAAUACAACAACUUUAAAGGACAACAGAGAAGAGAGAAGGUGAAUGAAUUGUUGGCGGUUCUGAAGAAAAAGCAGUCUGUGUUUACUCAUAGCCGAGAAAUCAGUGACCCUGCAGUGAAAGCUAGCUACCUUAUUGCUAAUGAAAUUGCAGUUGCUUCAAAACAAUUUAAUGAGGGUGAAUUUGUGAAAACAUGCAUGCUGAAGGCAGUGGAGAUUGUGUGCCCCGAAAACCUCCAGGCUUUUGCAAAUAUCAGCCUGACAAGAAACACAGUGGCAGACAAGAUUUAUGAUCUUUCGGCGGAUUUGGACAGCCAGUUGGAGCGCAAAGUAAAGUCAUUCAUUGCGUUCUCAGUUGCAAUCGAUGAAAGCAUGGACAUUACUGAUGUUGCGCAACUGGCCAUAUUCAUCCACGGAGCUGAUGGCACUUUGACCGUCACCGAGGAGUUGGUGCCAAUAACGGACACCACAGCAGCAGCUGAUAUUUUCACCCCACUCGUCAGCGUGCUGGACAGGCUUGCAGUGGACUGGUCCUGCGCUGUCAGCCUGACUACAGAUGGUGCGACCUCAAUGAUCGGGAGAAAAGCAGGUGUGGUGACAAAGUUCAGAGAAAAAGUGCAGACUGCAAAUGGAGGAUGGGAUUUUUGGACUUUUCACUGUAUUUUACAUCAGGAGGCUUUGUGUUGCAAGGCAUUAAAGAUGGAUAAUGUCAUGAAGGUGGUCGUCCAAACUGUUAAUUUCCUCCAAUCCAGAGGCCUGAAUCACCGUCAGUUUGACAGCCUUCUCAGAGAGAAAGACCACAACUAUGGCCUGCCGUACCACACCGAAGUAAGAUGGCUAAGCCGAGGUGCCGUGCUGAGGCAUUUCUUUGAUCUUCGCGAGGAAAUUGAACAGUUCAUGGCAGUACAGGGCAAACGAGUUUUAGAAUUUCAGUCCACAGAAUGGAUGCAGGACCUUGCAUUUAUAGUGGAUGUUACAGAGCACCUGAAUAACUUGAACAAAAUGCUGCAAGGGCGCAAUAAACUUAUGCAGUAUUAUGACAGCGUAUGAGCGUUCAAGCUGAAGCUGUCAUUGUGGGAGACGCAACUCGCAGCUGGUGAUGCAGCUCACUUUCCUUGUCUAAAUGAUGUGUGCACGACCCAACAUGCCGUAGACAUGGAGCGAUUCAAAGACAAAAUAGCGGGACUACUGCAGGAGUUUAAGCAACGCUUUCAGAUUUUUGGUGAACUAGAGAAAGACUUCAAAGUUUUUUGCUUAUAUAUAAAUAUAAAUAAUAGACUUGCAGUGUGACUUAGAUUUGAAGGGCAAAUUUGCUGCAGCUGGCUUGGACACAUUUUAUCAGUGUCUCUUGCCAGGUUUCCCCAGCUUGACAGCCUUUGCUGCAAAAGUUUUGUGCAUGUUUGGAACCACAUAUCUUUGUGAGCAAGUUUUCUCUUUAAUGAGUGUCCGUAAAACAAAAGCUUCUCUAAAGGCUUAUGCACAAGCACUUGAAUAACAUCCUGAAAUUGGCUGCCACUCAGGAUGUGACACCUAAUAUUGAUGCACUUGUGAAAGCUAAAAGAUGCCAGGUUUCAGGAGUAAAAUAAACAGUGGGUAUCCCCACUUAUAGUUCUGUGAUUGUCUUUUGUGGAAAUUUAAAGAAAGUGAACAGUGUGUGAUUUACUGCAAUACUGUCUGUCACUUCAGCUUAUAAGUUUGGUUUAUUGAAAUUGUUCAUGCAUUGCACAGCUUUUAUUUUUCUAUCAAUAGCGUAGCCUACAAGGCAGGGAGUAACUCAACCCUCUUGAAUAGUUUCUACCUUAGUUUGUAUGGUUUGUUGAGUUAGCACAGGAUAAUUUGUGGAAAUGACAAAUGAGGUAUUUAAUACCUAGAAGAGUUGUUUUAUUUAUUUAUUCUUUAUUUUGUAUUUUGUUCAAUCCCAGAUAGGCUGUGACUUACAGUUCAAUGGCUUUGUAAAUACUCCGAGACAAAGUCUAAGUUCUAGUCAUUGAGGCAUUGUGUUCUUGAAAUUGCACUAACUUCACGUGUUUUGUCAAGAGGAUUAUUUGUGAUGUGUACAUUUUCAGAAUGUGCUCAUACCUGUACUUGUUUGUUCUGGACCAAACUAAAACUAAGAAAACAACCUGAA